AUGAGGAGAUCAGCUCUGCAAAUAUUUUGCCUUUUUCUUGUAUUUAUUGAUUCAUUUACAAUUUAUGCAUUUGCUGCUCGGCACCACCACAGGCAUUCUGGAUUUUCUCAAGCAGAGUGCCCUAGAGCAUGCUCUUAUAGAUGUUCAGAGACUGCUUAUCAUAAGCCAUGCAUGCUUUAUUGUCAAAAGUGCUGCUUCAAGUGCAAGUGUGUACCCCCUGGAACUUAUGGCAACAAGCAACUCUGCCCUUGUUAUGCUAAUUGGAAGACCAAGAGAGGGGGACCCAAAUGCCCUUGAAUAACCUCUCUCUCUCUCUACUGUUCAAUAAUAAUAAUAAUCUCUCUCUCUACUGUUUAAUCAUAAUAAUAAUAAUAAUCUCUCUCUCAUUCAUGUUUAUGGAUAUUGGAAAGCAAUAAAGGACUAUUCUCACUCUCUCCCUCUCA